AUGUUUGAAAAACGUUCAAGUAUUCGUUCAAAUCCUAAAACUAAUGAUGAUAAUGAUGAACCAUUAUUAACAUUGACAACAGUUGAUCAAUCACAUGAAUCAAUUUUAAUAAAUACUUUAAAUAAAGCAAUAGUGGAUAUUGAUGCAACUAGUGAAGACAAAACAGAUACAGAACUUCUCUUACAUGAAAUUCCAGUAGAACCACCUGUAACAGGCACAUUCCUAUGUAAAAAAAUAUCUGCACGCUAUAGUAUUGUUAUAUGGUCUUUCUUUGGUUUCUUUUGUCUUUAUGCUAUGCGAGUCAAUUUAUCUGUAGCUAUUGUUGCUAUGGCAGCACCACAAAGUGCUUUAAAUGAAUCAGUUCAAUCAUGUGCACCACAAGAUAAAAAUUCUACAACACCUCCACCAACAUUUGAAUUUGAUUGGAGUCCAACUAUUCAAGGAAUUGUCCUUGGAGCAUUUUUCUAUGGUUAUAUUACAAUGCAAAUAAUAGGAGGAAAUUUUGCAGAAAAAUUUGGUGCAAAAUGGAUAUUUGGUGGAUGUGUAUUUAUAUCAGGUUUAUUAACAUUACUAACACCAUUAGCAGCUCGUAUUCAUGUUGGAUUCUUAAUUGCAAUACGAUUUUUAGCUGGUGUUGUUUGUGGACCAGGAUUUCCAUCAGCAGCUGCUCUCUGGGGAAAAUGGAUACCACCAUCAGAACGUAGUACACUUCCACCAGCAGCACAAAGUGGUGCAAUUUUUGGGAUAAUUAUUACUACACCGUUGGCUAGUAUUAUGAUUGGAGAACAUUUUCUUAGUGGAUGGCCAUCACCAUUUUAUGUCUUUGGUGUAUUUUCUUGUUUAUGGUUUAUUGGUUGGUGUAUUUUUGGUUUUAAUUCACCAGAUCAACAUCCACGUAUAUCAGAAAAAGAACGUCUUUUCCUUAAUCAACAUAUAAUAACAUAUAAACGUCAAGAUCGAAAAACACCAUGGAAACAUAUACUACGUUGUCCACCUUUAUAUGGUAUUGUUAUAAUGCAUAUUUGUCAUAAUUAUAUUUAUUAUACUUUAUUAACAUCGUUACCAACUUAUUUUGCUACUAUACUUAAUUUUAACUUACAGCAGAAUGGUUUAUUGUUUGCUCUACCUUAUUUGGCACAAUUUUUGGUAACAAUUAUAUUUGGACCUAUAGUAGAUCGUAUACGAGCACGAAAUAUUAUAUCUAUAACAAAACUUCGAAAAAUACAAACAAUUAUUGGUACUGUGGGUACAUGUUCAUUUUUAAUUGCCAUUGGUUAUAUGGGAUGUAAUUAUAUAGGUGCAGUUAUAUGUUGUAUUCUAGCUGUUGGUUUUCUUGGUUUACAUACAUGUGGUGCAAUAAUUUCUCAUCUUGAUGUUGCAUCAAAUUAUGCUGGAACAUUGGUUGGUAUUACAAAUUCUUUAGCAACGAUACCUGGUUUUAUUGGACCUUAUGUUGUAGGUGCAAUUACAAAUAAAAAUCAAACAACUCAGGCUUGGCGUCUUAUAUUUAAUAUUUCAGCUGGUAUUGGUGCAUUAGGUUGUGUUGCUUAUUGUAUUUUAUUUAAUGGUGAAGAACAACCAUGGAAUCGAACUGAGGAAGCACGCAAACGCAAUGAAUCAAUAAUAUCAGUACAUACAUAA